UUGUACACCUAAUACGAAUAAGAAAAUUUCUUCAAGACUUCCUGUAUUACACUAAUAAUCAGCUGAUUGAAAAUAGGAGGAAGAAGUUAGAGUUAACAACAUAAGUACGAUCUUAAGUACCGACUUGGUACGAUCCUUCUCGAAUACGCCAAAGCUCAAGCAUCGCACAGAUUGAAUAUUUCUAAGAAAUUUUAAUUCAAUAGAAUAGUUUACUAUUCUAGUUAGAAUAGUUAUUUACAGUAUUAUAUAAAAAAUUGCAUUCAAGGUCAAAGGUUUAUGAUAUCACACUAUCACGUCAUUAAUAAUUCUUCUUAGCAGAAAAACACGUUUCACAAUUGCCGGUAGAAAAAUGUUUUGCUCAGUAUAACAUAACAUGUCCUUAAUUGUUAGAAAGAUCGAUGAACGUUGGUAGACAAGAAUAAUCUUCAGGGAAAGCAAUCCCAACCCUCGACUAUCCACUCUGUUUUCAAACUUCCCCGCUCUCAAGUUUUCUUCCGCAUGCAGUAUUUGAAUCUUUAAUUCAACGCAAGCGCAUGCGACAAGCAAGUUUACUUUACGAUCGGCUUCACUUUUCAACGUUUAAUCGUGAUUUAGAUCCCGUCUAGAUUCCGCAUUGUUCGUACUAGGAUGUAUUGAAUAAAGCAUGAGAAUAUCGCGGAGCGUUCUUCGAAGCUUCUAAAAAAAUGCCACAUAACUCUUUGUACGAUAUCAUGUACAUCACGCAACCAACGCAUAAUAUUAUGACUAUACUUGGAAUCUGGCCGUCCAUUAACAGGGAGAAAACAUUGUGCCAAAAAGUUUACAAAUUCUUGUUAAUUACCGUCUCUUACACUCUUCUCAGUUGCAACCUAAUUCCCGGUUUCCUUUAUUGGAUGACACAAGGAGAUGCGCGUACUCGUAUUCAAAUGAUACCUUUUCUCAUUUAUGAUGCUAUGACUAUUAUCCAAUACGUCAUGUUUGUAUUUCGUGAUUGAAUUAAAUUAGACAGUGCUUGAAGCACGUUCAAGAAGAUUGGAACAAUAUUCUCAACGCGGAUAUACGAAACAUGAUGUCAAAAUUCGCGAGGAUUGCCAAACGCCUAGUCACAGUGUGCGCGACUUUCAUGUUCACCGGUGCCAUUGUGUUUCGGACAAUCCUUCCCUUGUCACAAGGAGACAUCAUCACCGAACAGAAUGUUACUAUUAGGCCUUUGGCCUGUCCAAGUUACCUCAUUUUUAUCGAUGUGCAAGUCACUCCUAUCUACGAGAUAUACUUUACGAUUCAAUUUGUCAGCGGAUUAAUUACAGCUUCGAUUGCGACAGGUGCGUGCGGUCUCACAGCCAUUUUCGUGAUCCAUGCUUCCGGCCAAAUGAGAAUUUUGAGAGAUUUAAUGACGACCCUUGUCGAGGAACAAAAAGAAUACGAAGUGAAUAAGAAAUUGGCUGAUAUAGUCGAGCAUCAAGUGCGAGUACGAGGUUUUCUGCGAAUGGUACACCACACGCUGCAAGAAGUAUUCCUCAUGGAAAUGAUGGAAGCAUAUAUAUUUUAUAUAUUCGCGCGUGUUUUUAAAAAAAAUGAAAAACUCUACCAACAAAAAUGUCAUAUUUAUAGAAAUGGCAGAGUAACAACACACCAGGGGUAUGCGUUUACAUGUUAUGCGUUGGAAAUCUAGUACUACAUUUAUUUAUGUAUUGUUACACCGGUGAACAACUUAUCGAACAGGUAAAUUUUAUAGGCGUUAACACGUUCAAUCAUAUAAAAAAGUAAUUUUUUAUUUAAUAUAAUCAACGAUAAAAAACUAAUGAUAUACAACUUUGAAAAAUAAAUUGCAAUCUAUUUUACAAAAGUUCUUUAGCAAUUUAUAAUUUUUAUUUUUUUAUAUAGAUAUUAAUUAUAAUUCCAUAUCGUGGAAGUAUACAUUUAAUUAUUAUUUCAUAUAAUGCAUAUAAUACGUGAUUUAUAAAUAUACGAGUAUAUUUUAAUUAAAUACAAAAUACACUUCCCCAAAAUAGCAUAACAUAUACGUACACUAUGUACUUUUUUCAAAGUAGCAUCGAUGAAAAUGUAAUGUAUUCAGACUUUGUGGACAUCUAUGUUCUAUAAUAUUAAACCUAGGCGGAGAAAGUGGUUACUGUAACUUGCGAGCUUGAAUGGUGUACAUAUAUGAAUCUGGUAUUAGAUUUAACAAUUAGUUACAUAUAUUAUUUUUAAACUAUGACAGAAUUUGAGUCGCUUAUUUUGUAAGUUCGUUUUAGUUGAUAAUUUUUUAAUGUCGCAUACGUUUUGAUAACUAGAUGUUGAUGGCUUAAUAUAAUAUUUUCAUCCUCCAUUUUCUGUACAUCUUUCUCAAUCUUCCAUUCUCGAUUCUCAUAUCCUCGAUUACAGAAAUAAAUUCAGCUGGUUAUAUUUCGAAGCACAUUAAAAUAUGCCGCAGACGUUUCAAGAAUCUGAAAAAAAUAAUUAUUAAUUAAUUAUUAAUGAUAUAUCUGAAAAAAAUUUAUAAUUAAUUAUAUCUAAUCUGUAAUUCGUAUUUCAGAAAUAAACCAAUAUUGCAUUAGUAAGAUUAAUUUGAAAUCAUACAUACACGCACACAAACGCAUAUAAAUAAUCUACUUAAAGAAGUUAACUUCAUAUUUAAGAUAUUAAUAGUUAUAGAAGCAACAAAUGCAUAUACAUAUAUACACGGUGUCUUACACUCUCCUCCGUAUUUUGUGAGGACGUAG